AUGAGCAACAAUUUCACAUUCGGGAGUGACAAUUCAGGGGUUCAGAUUGGGGUCAAUCAUGGACAUGUAAACUAUGCCUCUGAAGCAUACAAGCAGUCGACUAUGUCUGAAAUCGGUGGCUCUUCGUCAGGAAAGGGGCUUCGUCUGUUGUCUUUGGAUGGAGGAGGCGUCCGUGGCCUCUCAAUUAUCCUGAUUAUCAAGAACCUCAUGGAGAGAAUAGACCAGGGUAACCCACCUGCGCCUUGCGAAUAUUUUGAGUUGAUCGGUGGAACUUCGACUGGAGGGUUGAUUGCGAUUAUGCUUGGACGCAUGCGAAUGACUAUUCGUGAGUGCGAGACGGCUUACAUGAAGCUAUCUCAUGUCUUUACCCAAGUUCGUGGCGACAGCAAUACCUGUCAGUUCGACCACAGGGCAUUUGAACAUGCAAUAAAAGUCAUGCUGGCCGAGCAUGGCAUGGAUUCGGAGUGCCUUUUGAAGGAUACAAGUGCAGCGGCCUGCAGGACCUUCCUUUGUGCUACAAGCCAAAUAACAUCCCAAACCGUCGUUUUAUCGAGCUAUUUCAAUGACCGACGAGGCAGCGACCUAUUAAACGAGACAAAAAUAUGGGAGGCAGCCAGGGCAACGUGUGCAGCGAUGAACCUUUUCGAACCAAUCACAAUUUGUGAUGAAACGUUUGUCGAUGGUCAGACUGGCGCGAACAACCCGGUUCAAGAGACUUGGACAGAAGCCGGGGACGCAUGGCAGUUAAACAAAGGCGAGCUCAAAGAUAAUGUUCAAUGUUUGGUUUCUAUCGGAACAGGCAUUACUGGAUUUACUGCUUUUACACCGCAUCUUUCUGAGGUCGUAAGGGUGCUGGAAGCCAUUUCUAUGGAGACUGAGCAGACGGCAGAUCGGUUUCGCAGGCAAUACACGGAUCUAUUCCAAUUAAGAAGAGCAUUCAGAUUUAACGUCGUUCGAGGAUUGGAAAAUGUUGGACUGGAGGAAGUUUCCAAGUGGGGUAGUAUCAAAGCUGCCACUAGGAACUACGUGCAAACUGAAGAGGCAUAUGUUGCGAUGAGAGAUUGCACGAAAAGCAUUAGAGAAGGAGGGCGCAAUGUGUCUUUUGCUUAA